GAGGCGGGGUUUGUCGGAAUACGGGUAGGAAAUGUUUAUUUGGGCAUCAGAUUAAUCGAGGAUCCAAAGCAAGCGUUCCGUAGGUGGUGGUGCGCAGCCGAAGACUUUAUUUUUAUCCUACAAGUGGCAGAACGCGACCUACUGAUCUCAGUACAGGGUUGACGCCUUUGAUUUUUUUUUAUCAUUAAAAGUCAGCAGAUCGGAGCUGAUCCCGGGUUUUGUCCAGUUCCCAGCUGGCUUGUGGAGGAUGCCAAAGGAACCAAAUGAACCAUCCAAUGAGGAGGGAAAGAAGGUCGACUCUAAAGGGUCAGAAGACUCCACAGUCCAGACAGAUGCAUCAGAAGAGCUGCUGCGAAAAAGAAUCCGAACGAACACGCCAAGUCCUCACCGACAGACUCCUCCGUCCAGCCCGUCUAAGUACGUCACCGUAGAGGAGCUGAUGGAGACGGCCAAAGGCGUGACUAACAUGGCGUUGGCUCAUGAGAUCGUAGUGAACGGCGGCUUUAAAAUCAAACCCCCCGAGCCUCCCGAGGGAAGUUUAGAGAAGCACGUUAAGGAAAUCGUGCACAAGGCAUUCUGGGAUUGUCUUGAAUCCCAGUUGAACGACGAUCCGCCCGUCUACGAGCACGCGAUCAAACUGGUCGGGGAAAUUAAAGAGACGCUGCUGUCCUUCCUGAUGCCGCACCAGACGCGUCUGAAAGGACAGAUCGAGGAGGCGCUGGACCUGUCACUCAUCCAGCAGCAGGCGGAGAACGGAGCAUUGAACAUCGGCAAGGUGGCUCAGUUCAUCAUCAACACCAUGGGCGCCUUCUGCGCGCCAUCUAGGGACGCAGAAGUCCGUAAGCUCCGGGAUAUCACGGACAUCGUCCUUCUUUUUAGGGCUAUUUUUGCAGUGUUGGACAAAAUGAAGAUUGACAUGGCCAACUUUGCUGUCAGCAGUCUCCGGCCUCACCUGCUGCAGCAUUCGGUGGAGUACGAGAGGAACAAGUUUCAGGAGUUACUCAACAAACAGCCUUCUGCUCUGGACUUCACUCAGAAAUGGCUGCAGGAGUCGGCGGACUCAGUGCUCCAAGGUGCUGAAGGUGGCGCUACAAGCUCGCCCGGGACCUCCUCACAGCUGCUGCUCAACGUGCACAACCAUGCUUAUUUACGACUGCUGCACUGGGAGCAACCCAUGGACACGUUCCCAGAGACGGUGCUGAUGGAUCGUGGCAGGUUUCUGGAGAUGCAGUUAGAGCUGGAGCGCCUGACGUUGGUGGCGUCUGUGCUGCUGAUCGUGUAUAACAGCGCGGGGGAGGCGAUCUCCGGGCUGCCAGGGCUCAUCGACACGCUGAAGAACACAGUCAGGAUCCUACUGGCUGACAUGCAUUCACCGUCUUUCAAAACAGACGAGACGUUCGUGGCUAUCGGGGAGAAGCUGUGUUUGGAGCUGGGGGAAUGUCUGACUCAGCACGGCUUCUCUCCUUUUCAACCAGACCGACAGAACGCUCUGAAAGGCCAGAUCGCAGCCGUCAAGUCCCAAGAUAACCCCAUCCGUAAACUUGUCGAUUCUCGGAUUCAGUCCUUCCUCCUGGGCAUCUUGGAAACGGGUCCUCACAGGAGCCCACCAGCUGUUCCCGGAGGUCUGGUUCCCAUCAGUAAAGAGCUGGAGGAAAUCGGGAUUAAACUGAGCCACCUGGUGAACUUCAACAAGCUUGUUUACUCGCCGUUCUACCAGAAACUCCUACAGGACGUGGUUCAGGCCGGAGGAAGCGCAGCCACUUAGGCAGUGGCGACCAAAAUGGACGAGGAAAACAAACCAGGCAGCCUUCCAUAGGGUCCUAGGAACGACCGAGUUAAUGGAUUUGCAGAUUUUUCUCCCCAAAACUCACCUGCUGUCAAUGCUAGCAAAGAAUUUCUACCACUGAUUAUAUAUUGAUUUAUGAUGUAUUUCUUGCCGUUAUAUCAUCACCGAUCAGUCAGUCGAGCUUCAAGGAUUUGUAUUUGGGGGAAAAAAAGUAUACACUUCUAACUUAUUUUGCAUUCUUGCUUUUUGUUCUGUGCCAGGUGAAGGUGUGGAGGGUGGGUAGUGUUUUUAAUGUAUAAAUGGCAUUAGGAGAUCAUAAUAAAUCCAUUUCUGUUAUUAAAAAGUCAACGACCAACGUCUGUCCUGAGAUAUCACGUAGCGUCGGACAGACGCGCGAAUGUUUCGACGUAGAAAAGCAACCGGGAAACCGAGAAAAUGCUAGAUGUUUUUUCAUAGCCACUAAUCGCUGAACCCGUAGCAGCCAUCAUACAUAUAAUCAAACGAAAUUGUGAUUACAGGGAACCAAGAAGGCAGAGGAAUAUUGCUAAGUAUUACAUAUACAUAUUAAAUAUAACCUUUUAGAGUCUCUGCUGUUGUGUGGAUUCUACAAAAACCUAAAGAUAAAUCUGAGCUCCAUAAUAUAGUAAGUCUAAGGUGUUAAGUUGCAAAAUUCAUGACCAGGAUUUUAGUAUCUCAUGAACUCCGUAAUAAUUUGUGGCUCCAUUACAAAACAGCAGCUGACUAAAGGAGAAUCUGUCUGUCUGUCUAUCUAUCUAUCUAUCUGGGUUGUUUAUUAAGCCCCUCACACACACACACACUAGUUACAACAGUUUCAGUGGUACAUUAUUAGAUUCUUAAUCAAACUCACCCACAUGACAUCCUUGUGUAUGACCCGAGAAAGCUGCCUUCUUUCUAAUAUUAUUAAUAUAUUGUUUUGAGUGUGUGAAGGUGUACAGAAUCUGAUUGGUGCCUUACUCAGUGGAGGGCUGGUCUUGGUUAAAUGUGCCCUGCUCUCUUUCCCUGUUUAGCUUUUUUUUUUUCCCCCCCCAUGAUGGUUGUAAAUGUUCCAUGUUUCCAAAAAAAAAGUGACCCUUGUAAUCUUUUUAAACUGCUUCAUUUUCCUUUUCCGGGAACAUUUUUCCGCAUGUUUUACAAAGAGAUGGUUUUCACAUUGCGCUUUGUGUGUUUGUCCUACACUGUUACGAUGCAGUAUUUAAAGCGAGAGAAUUCUUCUUUAACAACUCUAACCAUAGAAAACGGUCUUCAACACGCGUUCGACGCUCGUCUCUUUGUGAUGUUAAUUCUGUCUCAGAGUAAUUCGGAUUCAGUAGAAUUUAAGACAGGGCCAAGACGUUAAAGGCGAUGGUGUAUUUUAACUGUUCCUGUAGCAUCAUUUUACCAAACCGUGUUCACGAGACACCUUUUGCAACAAACGCCGAGUCUAUUCGCAGUUGCAUGCUGUAUAGAUGUUUCUGCUUCUCAUCACUGUGUGCCAUAAACGUGUCAGAAAUUCACAUCUUUAACCCAAUAGCUUUCCUUUAAUAAACAGGACUGCAACCAA